UAGACGGAGAGAAGAAAACAAACUCACCUAUCCCACCGUGCGUCUCUCCGGCGAACCGCGCCCAGCGCCGGCGGCCGCCCUCCCGCAAGCGCUCCGGCGAGUCCUUCCCUCGUUCCGGCACGCCUCGCCCUGCCUCCGCCCUUCGGAGGUUCCCCGACCCCGGCCGAUCGAGCUCCUUUGCCCUAGCCCUAGCUCCCCCGGCGAUCGACAGUCUCACUUCGGUUCUAGUUUCUCUCCAAUUUCACCCUGAAGAAAUUUACCUGUGAGCGCCCCUGGUUUCUCCCCAAUUUCAAUUUGGUGUACAACCUUGAGACUCAAGUAUGAGCGGCCACUAUUCCAAGCGGGCGACGGCCCACCCGCUGGACGACGAGGACGUCCUCUGGGAGAUCCUUCUCCGCCUCCCUCCCCACCCAUCGUCGCUCCCCCGCGCGUCCGCCGUCUGCAAGCGCUGGUGCAGCAUCCUCUCUGACGCCGGCUUCGCGCGCUGCUUCCGGAAGCACCACCGAAAGCCUCCUCUUCUCGGCUUCUUCAGCGGCGGCACAAGAUUCAAGUUCAGUCCCGUGCUAGACCCGCCGGACCGCAUCCUGCCCGGGCGCUUCACGCCGCUACACACCCGCAAAGGCUGGAUCUGCACCGGGUGCCGCCAUGGCCUCGCCGUCCUGCUUGAAGAGUCUUUGCGCAAGGCCAUCGUGUGGGAUCCCCUCACCGGCCGGCGACACUGUGUGGCUUUUCCGCCGGGGAUAGAAGCUGACGAUGACGUUUCAAGAUGGCAUGCCGCGGUGUUGUGUGUUGAUGCCGAAGAUGGGCACGUGCAUGGCGAUUGCUUCUCGAGCCCGUUCAAAUUGGUAUUGAUCAACAACGGAGGCGAAAAUACGUUCGCUUGCGUGUACAAAUCGGUAUCUGGUGUGUGGGGGGAUAUUGUCUCGCUGGCCUCUACACCUAGGAUAUUUUUCACAAGGCCGAGCGUCCUUGUUGGGAAUGCACUUUGUUGGACGCUUUGCAGAGGUGGUGCCCUUGUGUUUGAUUUUGAAAGUCAGAGCCUUUGUGUGAUGGAGAAGCCCGCGGAUGCCCAUAUUAACCAUCAAACGUAUGGGUCUGUGCAGCUCUUACGAACAGAGGAUAAUGAACUUGGUCUUGCCACUUUGUCAAAAUUUACCAUCCAGUUAUGGGAGCGGGAAUCAAAAUGUGAUGGUGUUGUCAGAUGGGUGCUGCUGCAGAAAACUAUUGAGCUAGAAGGGCUCUUCCCACACUCAAUGCAAAGUGGCCACGAAAGGGUAUUGUUGAUAAUGGGGUAUGAUGAGGACACAAAUGUGAUUGUUCUUUCUACGACAGUUGGAAACUUCCUGCUCCAAGUUGAAUCGAUGCAAAUCAGACAUAUUACUCAUACAAGUAAAACAUGUUACGACCCCCUUCAUCCGUACACAAAUUUCUAUACUGCAGGCGGGGGAGUUGGGUGGAAAUGGUUGGAUCUAGAACUGUGAAAACAUGAAGUCUGGUAAUGUGCUAUCCUUGUUGAACAAGUGAGGUUAUCUACAGAGCUACAACUUGGAUCUGUAUGUGGUCCUCACUCACUCAUGCGAACUUCAGGGAGCCUUUGGUUAUUGGGUGCAACCGUUGGGAGACGGUAGCACAGGCUAUCUUCAGCCGAUUUGGGUGGCGAGUUAAUAAUAGGCUAGGUGUGUAGGCAUCGUAUCUUAUUUUAUAUCGCCGGAUGUGGCACUUUUUCAGUCUUAUAUCGCCGGCUGUGGCGCUUUCCAGAUUUAUUUAUUUUCGACUAC